GGACCAGCUGACCAGAAGACUGGGUUGCCAUCAGAACCUUCUAGUUCCUACUCACUUGGAGGGAAGCCUAUUAUUUUCUACCAGCAGGCCUUAUCAGAUAGACAUCUCACUGAAGACGCUGUUAAUAUUUCAGCUUCUCCUGGACCAGCAGACCAAGAGACUGGGGUAUCAACAGUACCUUCUAUCUCUUACUCUCAUAUAGAGAAGCCAAGUAUUUUGUACCAACAGCCUUUGUCAGACAGUCAGCUCGCUGUAGAAGUUCCAAAAGUGUCAGCUGUUUCUGGGCCAGGUGACCAGAAGACCAGAAAACCAACAGUUACCUCCACUUCGUACUCACAGAGAGAGAAAGAGAAGCCCGUCAUUUCUUAUCAGCAAGAAUUGCCAGAUCUUACUCAAGAUGCUUUAAAAGUUUUAAAGGUUCCUGGACUAGGUGGCCAGAAGACUGGAAUACCAGCAGUAACUUCUACUUUUUACUCACAUAGAGAGAAGCCUAUCAUUUCUUACCAUCAGGAGUUGUCAGAUCCUAAUGAAGGUGCUUUAAGAGUUUUAGGCACUCCUGGGCCAGCUGACCAGAAGACUGGGAUACAAAUUGGGCCCUCCACUUCCUAUUCACAUAGAGAGAGCCCCAUCUUUUCUUACCAGAAGGAGUCAUCAGAUAUUACUGAAGAAACUUGGAAAGUUUCACCUGUUUCUGGACCAGCUAACAAGAAGACUGAGAUACAUAUAAUCCCCUCUAGUUCCUACUCAUACAGAGAGAAGGACAGUAUUCUUUACCAGCAGGAGCUUCCAGAUGUUACUGAAAAAGUUUUAAAAGUUUUUGCUCUUCCUGGACCUGCUGACCAGAAGACUGAAAUACCAACAGGACCUUCUAGCUCUUACUCACAUAAAGAGAAACUCAAGAUUUCACCUGUGAUUUUACCAGAUGUCCAGAAGACUGAGUUUCUAACAGCUCCCCCUAGUUCCUACUCAAAAAGAGAAAAACCCAAAAUUUCAACUGUGAGUGGACCAGAUGACCAGAAGACUCCGUUACCGACAGUUUUUCAUAAUUCCUGUUCUCAGAAUUUUGAGAUUGAGGAUAUUCUGAAGAUUUCACCUGUCCCUGAGCCAAUUGUUGUGAAUUCUGGGAUACCAAUACCUCUUUCUAGUUCCUCUUCCCACAGAGAGAAAUCUAAUAUUUUCUACCCACAGGAAUUGCCAGACAAACAUUUAGCUGAAGAUGCACUGAACGUUUCAACAAUUCCUGUACCAGCUGACCAGAAAAGUCUGUUACCAACAGCUCCUCCUCGUUCCUUUUCACACAGAGAGAAACCAAAUAUAUUCUACCAACGAGAUUUUCCAGAUAGACAUCUACCUGAAGAUUCUGUGAUGUUCUCACGUGGUCUUGGGCAAGCUGAUCAGAUUACUGGUUUAUCAACAGUUACUCCUGGUACUUAUUCACAUAGUGAGAAGCAGAAACUUGUUUCAGACCAUGUUCAAAUGCUAAUAGAUAAUUUGGAUUCUCCUAACUCCAGUAUUAUCUCAAGCAGUAUGCCUUUAAGUUCUCAGGCUGAUGGUAGAGUUAUAAUAAGUAAGCCAGAAUCUUCAGGUUUUGAAGAUGUUGGCUCUGUGGAAAUUCAAGAUACAAGCAAUAGUUCCAAAACUCUUAAAGAGAUUCGGACCCUUUUAAUGGAGGCAGAAAAUAUAGCACUGAAACGAUGCAAUUUUCCUGCUCCUCUUGUCCCUUUCCGAGAUGUUAGUGAUAUUUCAAUUAUACAAUCUAAGAAGAUGGUUUGCUUCAAAGAGCCCCUCACAGCUGCUGAAUCUAAUAGUGAUUUGCCUCGGAGACAGCCAUUUAGAGAGGAAAGCCCAAGCAACAAGUGCAUACAGAAAGAUAUUAGCACACAGACAAAUCUGAAAUGCCAGAGAGGCAUUGAGAACUGGGAGUUUAUUAGUUCAACCACACUUAGAAGUCCUCUACAAGAAGCAGAAAGCAAAGCCGGAGUGACGUUAGAUGAAACCCUUCGACAGUAUAGAGCAGCCCAAUCCGUAAUGAGAUCUGAACCUGAAGGGUAUAGUGGAACCAUUGGCAAUAAAAUUGUUAUCCCUAUGAUGACUAUCAUUAAAAGUGAUUCAAGUAGUGAUGCCAGUUCCUGCUCAUGGGACAGUAAUUCCUUGGAGUCAGUUUCUGAUGUUCUUCUAAAUUUCUUUCCAUGUGCUUCACCCAAGACAAGUUUGACAGAUAGCAGAGAAGAAGAAAGUGUGUCAGAGAGUGAUGAUUGUGGUGGUAGCAAUGUAGAUUCACUGGCUGCACAUGUCAAAAACCUUCUCAAGUGUGAAUCCUCAUUGAAUCAUGCUAAACAAAUACUCAGAAAUGCAGAGGAAGAGGAAUGUCGAGUACGAGCACGAGCUUGGAAUCUGAAAUUUAAUCUGGCUCAUGAGUGUGGCUACUCCAUUUCAGAAUUAAAUGAAGCUGACAGGAAAAAAGUAGAAGAGAUCAAAGCAGAGUUGUUCAGUCAUGGGAGAACAGCUGACUUGUCCAAGGAUUUGCCGAGUCCACAGGGAAUAAGAUGCAACCCAGAAGCUGUAUGUGGUCACAUCAUUAUUGAGAGCCAUGAAAAAGGAUGUUUCAGGACUCUAACUGCCAAACAACCACAAUUGGAUAGCCACCCUUAUGUUUUCAGACCUGCUGACCCCUCAGACGUUAUCAGAGGACAACGGAGUCCAUCAUCAUGGAAAACCAGACACAUCAACCUUUCCAAAUCAUUAGACCAGAGUAACCCUCAUUUCAAAGUUUGGAAUUCCUUGCAGUUACGAAGUCCUUCCCCCUUUCAGAACUUUACAGCUGAUGACUUCAGAAUUAGCCAGGGUCUUCGAAUGCCAUUCCAUGAAAAGAUAGACCCUUGGCUAUCAGAAUUAGUAGAACCUGUGCCACCCGAAGAAAUGGAUUGUCAUUCUUCAUCACAUAUGCUUCCCCCAGAACCCAUGAAAAAGUUUACUACUUCCAUCACUUUUGCAUCUCACCGACACUCUAAAUGCUUUUCAGAUUCCUCUGUUCUUAAGGUUGGUGUUACUGAAGGUAGCCAGUGUACUGGAGCAUCUGUGGGGGUAUUUAAUUCUCAUUUCACUGAAGAGCAAAAUCCUCCCAGAGAUCUAGAACAGAAAACCUCUUCCCCUUCAUCAUUUAAAAUUGUUAGUCAUUCGCCAGAUACCGCUGUGACUAUUUUAGCAGAAAGUAGUAGGCAAAGUCAAAAAUUAUCUAUUGAACAUUCUCAGCAAGAAGAAAAACUCUUAGAAAGAUCAGAUUUUAAAGGCAGUGAUCCUGAGCCCAGUACCAGUGCAAAGUAUAGCAGUGUCAAAGAAGUUCAUUUUUCUGAUAACCAUACCCUCAUUAGCGUGAGCAGACCAAGUUCCACACUAGGAGUAAAAGAGAAGACUGUAGCUAUAACUCCAGAUCUUUCUUCGCACGUUUUACUUGAACGACAAGAGCUCUUUGAACAAAGCAAAGCCCCACACACAGAUCACCAUGUGAGAAAAUACCAUUCUCCCCCUCCUCAACAUCAGGAUUAUGUAGCUCCGAACCUUCCUUGUCGCAUUUUUCUUGAAAAACGAGAACUCUUUGAACAAAGCAAAGCCCCACAUUUAGAUCAUCAGAUGAGAGAAAACCAAUCUCCCUUUCCUCAAGGUCAGGAUUAUAUAGCUUCAGACCUUCCUUCUUCCAUUUUUCUUGAACAACGUCAGCUCUUUGAACAAAGCAAAGCCCCAGAUGUAGAUCACAUGGGAAAAUACCAUUCCCCCUUUCCUCAAGGUCAGGAUUAUGUAGUAGAAAAGAAUAAUCAACAUAAAUUUAAGUCAUACAUUUCUAAUAUGAUAAAUGUUGAAGCCAAGUUCGAUUCUGUGGUCUCCCAACCAGUCCCAAAUCAGUGUACAUUAGUAACAUCUGCAUCUACUCCACCCUCAAAUAGAAAAGCACUUUCUUGUGUUCGUAUAACUCUUUAUCCCAAGACUCCUUCCAAGGUGGAUAGUGGAACCUUAGAUAAAAGAUUGCAUUCAUUGGAUCCUGCUUCUAAAACAAGGAUGAAUAGUGAGUUUAACUCUGACCUACAGACUAUAUCUUCAAGAUCAUUGGAACCAACCUCCAAAUUAUUGGCCAGUAAACCUGUAGCACAGAAUCAAGAAUCUUCAGGUUUUCUAGGACUUAAAUCUUCACCGGACUUCCAAGUUGUACAGUCUCCUCUUCCAGAUAGUAAUACUAUUUCUCAGGACUUGAAAACCAUACCUUUUCAGAAUAGCCAGAUAGUAACCUCAAGGCAAACACAAGUGAACAUUUCAGAUUUGGAAGGAUAUUCCAGCCCAGAAGGGAUUCCAGUAUCUGCAGAUCGGUGAGUCUCAUUGUGAUGACAAGCAAGCUGAUGGGAUUUGUGAUAAAGGGUUUUAAAU